CUUUUCUCCGAUUGCUAAAGAAAUUUCGGAUGAUCUUUCCACAUUAAUCUCUUUAAAAUCUUGAAGCUCCAUAAAAAUGUCCAUAUUAGCUAAUACUAAUGUACUAAGGAAAGAGCAAUGGCUACUUUGGGUCCCCUCUUCCUUUAUCUCUUUAUUUCUCUGGUUCUCACCCUUUCUUCUGCCCAGAGAGGUGGCUGGCUUGCCGAUCCCUGUUUAUAUGGCACAGGCAAUUUCACCACCAAUAGCACCUACCAUACCAACCGCAAUCAUCUCCUCUCCUCCUUUACAUCCAUCUCAGAAAACGACUAUGGGUUCUAUAAUGUUUCCUCCGUUGGCCGAAACCCGGACCAAGUUAACGGAAUUGCAUUAUGUAGAGGAGAUGUCAAGCCGGAUGUUUGCCGUGACUGUAUCAAAGAUGCUGCCAUUGAGCUCAGAGAUAGUUGUCUCACCAAGGAAGCAGCUCAAUUUUAUGACAAUUGUAUGUUGCGGUACUCGAAUAAUUCCAUCAUCGGCGUCCGGAACAAUAAUGGUUUCUUUAGAUGGCCAGAAGGGGGUAUUGCGGAGGACGUUAGUGCUUUCAGUGAUGCUCUGACGAGUCUAUUGGACAGCCUGAGAAUAAGGGCGGCGGCGGGUGGUUCUGUUCAGAAGUUUGCUACGGGGAUGACGAUGGCUCGUCCGGUGGACUCCAUUUACGCACUUGUACAGUGCACUCCUGAUUUGUCCCAGAUUCAGUGCAGCUCUUGCUUGUCUCAGGCUUUUGAGAGAAUUCCAAAAUGCUGCCUAGGUCGGAGAGGAGGUAAAAUAUUUGGGCCUAGUUGUAUUGUUAGGUUUAAUGACUCUAUUUUCUAUAAUGAUUCCAGUGCUAAUAUUGGAAAGUUACCGCCACCGCCGUCGCUGCUCUCACAACCACCUCUAUCUCUUACUCCACCCUCCAAUGAUUCCGGCAGCCCCAGCACUAUUACCAUCACAGUCAUUUCUACUUCUAGCUCCAUACUUCUCAUCUCCAUCUGCAUCUGCAUCUUUGUCAGGGUGAGGAAAUCAAAUAAGAAAUUUGAAAAAGCUGAAGCUGUCGAUGAAAUUGAAAGUGUAGAGACGCUACAAUAUGAUUUAAGCACCAUUAGAGAUGCAACAAAUAACUUUUCCGAUGAAAACAAGCUUGGUCAAGGGGGAUUUGGUGCUGUUUAUAAGGGUAGACUUGCCAAUGGACAAGAAGUAGCUGUUAAAAGGUUAUCCAUGAAUUCUGGACAAGGAGAUCUUGAAUUCAAAAAUGAGGUUCAAUUAGUGGCUAGAUUACAACAUAGGAAUUUGGUUAAGCUCCAUGGCUUUUGCUUGGAAGGGAAGGAAAGACUUCUCAUUUAUGAGUUUGUGCCCAAUUCUAGCCUUGAUCGCUUCUUAUUUGAUCCAAUCAAGCGCACACAAUUAUCUUGGGAAACACGUUACAAAAUUAUAGGAGGCAUUGCUAAAGGGAUUCUUUAUCUUCAUGAAGAUUCUAGACUUAGAAUUAUUCAUCGUGAUCUCAAAACUAGCAAUGUUUUGCUAGACGAAGAAAUGAAUCCAAAGAUUUCAGAUUUUGGCAUGGCAAGAUUGUUUGUUGUUGGUCAAACUCAAGAUGCUACAAGUAAAGUAGUGGGAACCUAUGGAUAUAUGGCUCCAGAAUAUGCCGUGCGUGGACAACUAUCAGUUAAAAUAGAUGUGUACAGUUUUGGAGUAUUAAUUUUAGAAAUUGUGAGCGGUCAAAAAAUUAAUUACAUUCAUCAUGAGGAGAAUUUAGCAAACCUUAUAGGUGAUGCCUGGAGAAAUUGGAGGGAAGGAACACCGCUGAACAUUGUGGAUCCUAGCUUGAGCACAGGCUCAAGCGCAGAAAUGAUAAGAUGUAUUCAUAUUGGGUUACUUUGCGUGCAAGAAAAUGUCGCGAAGAGACCAACCAUGGGUUCAAUUGUUGUAAUGCUUACCAGCUACUCUGUAACUCUGCCGAUGCCUUCACAUCCUUCAUUUUUCUUGUAUAGCGCCACUCAGUCGAACACGUCAUCUUCUCAGAGUUUCAACUUGGAGGGAACUCAAUUACAUAAAUCGAGAAAUGAAAGUGCCACGGCUUCAAUAAAUGAGGUUUCAAUUACCGAGCUGCAUCCAAGAUAGCUUGAAGACCUGUUAUUUAUAUAUUAUAAUCAUUAUCAUUUCUCGCUUUCUUCUCUUUUGAUGAGCGUACCAUUUGCCUCCAAAUUUUGUUGAUGUAUGAAACUUAGAAUGAAAUAAUUAUUACACA